CUGCUGUCCCACUCCUUGCUUGAUUUUUCUGCCAUGACCCGUUUUUUUUCUGCUGCUGCCAUCUCCAGAAAAGUUCACGUUCUCUUUUACAAAAGCACCCAUCAACUCUUCACAGUUGGGGAAAUUAUUUAAUCCUAAUAUUGGUCGGGUCCUUAAGGAUUCCUUUAAUUUUGUUGGGGAACCCGGCGCUAUAAUCCUUCACGAAAACUUUUCUCAAUUCUCGCGAUUAAUUGCACUAUUAUUGAGUGACGAUUCAGUACCCGUUCACAAUGGAUGAGCUCUUCAACGUUUUCGAGGAUCAGCCCUCCAGCAAGGUCAAGUUGGAACCUCAACCUUCUUCAGUUGCGAAACCACGUACAUCCAAGAAGAAGAGCAAGAAGCGGAAGGCCGACGGUGGCAUGAAAAAUGGAUCUACGACUGCUGUAUCUGUUCCUUCCGUGCCAGAAGUCGACAUGACGGACAUUGCGCCUACGUCACCAGAGGAAGACGAUGCUGAAGAUGCCGGGUCCGAUAACCAGGGAGAUAGCAAGCGAAGACGCAAGAACGACGUCGCCGAACCCGUACUAACAGAUACAUUCGAGACGGCAGAAUCAAGAGAAAUCGCGGCAGCAGCUGGAUUUGCCCCGACUAAAGACGAGGCGUCGCUAGUUCUGUCACACAAUAUUCAACAUCAAGUCGCACUUCCCCCGGAUCUCGAUUACGAAUACGUCCCGCUAUCUGAACACAAACCGCCAGAGAACCCUGCACGAACCUGGCCAUUCACACUUGAUCCCUUCCAGCGCCUCUCGAUCUCCUCUAUUGAACGAGAUGAGAGUGUCCUAGUGUCGGCGCAUACGAGUGCUGGAAAGACUGUCGUAGCCGAGUAUGCCAUUGCGCAUUGUCUCAAGCAGAACCAGCGUGUCAUCUAUACCAGUCCGAUCAAGGCAUUGAGUAACCAAAAAUACCGAGAAUUCAACGAGGCUUUCGGCGACGUUGGUCUCAUGACUGGUGAUGUUACCAUCAAUCCUACUGCUAGUUGUCUUGUCAUGACAACCGAAAUUUUGCGGUCGAUGUUGUAUCGAGGAUCCGAAAUAAUGCGAGAGGUUGCCUGGGUCGUUUUCGAUGAAAUCCACUACAUGCGAGAUAAGUCGCGUGGUGUAGUAUGGGAAGAGACAAUUAUUCUCCUUCCCGAUAAGGUCCGAUACGUGUUCCUGUCUGCCACCAUUCCCAACGCCUUCCAAUUUGCCGAAUGGAUUGCAAAGAUCCAUCGGCAAGCCUGUCAUGUCGUCUAUACCGAUUUCAGACCGACGCCUCUGCAAAACUACUUCUUCCCGGCUGGCGGAUCAGGCAUAUUCCUGGUUGUGGAUGAGAAAGGCGUAUUCCGAGAGCAUAACUUCAACAAGACCAUGCAGCUAAUAGAAGAGCGCAAGGCCGCUGAUGCUAAUGAUCCCGAUGCCAAGCAGAAGGGCAAGGGAAGGCACAAGAAGAACUUUAAGGGAAACAAUUCUGAUAGUCAAGCCGACAUUCAGAAGAUCGUGAAGAUGAUCAUGAACAAGAAUUUCAACCCCGUGAUUGUUUUUAAUUUCAGCAAGAGGGAGUGUGAAAUGAUGGCCUUAACAACUUCGAAAUUUGCUUUCAACGACGAUAGCGAGAAGGCUAUGGUACGAAAAGUAUUUGUGAGCGCUAUCGAGUCCCUAUCGGAGGAAGAUCGCGAACUCCCACAAAUCCAAAAUAUUCUCCCUCUCUUAGAGAAGGGAAUCGGCGUCCAUCAUUCUGGUCUUCUACCCAUCCUUAAGGAAACCAUCGAAAUCCUGUUCCAGGAGGGUUUAAUCAAGGUUCUCUUCGCAACUGAGACAUUCUCCAUCGGCUUGAACAUGCCGGCGAAGACGGUCGUCUUCACAAAAGUCUCGAAAUGGGAUGGCACUUCUACACGACCCUUGACUCCGUCCGAGUAUAUUCAAAUGUCUGGACGUGCGGGUCGUAGAGGUCUUGACGAGCGUGGCAUCGUCAUCAUGAUGAUUGAUGACAAAAUGGAACCAGAAAUAGCCAAGAACAUCGUCGUUGGUCAACAGGACAGACUCAAUUCCGCCUUUUACCUGGGUUACAACAUGGUUCUGAACUUACUCAGAAUCGAUGCCAUCAACCCCGAGUUCAUGUUGGAGAACUGCUUCUUCCAGUUCCAGAACACCGCUAGUGUCGCUGGCCUAGAACAUGAGUUGAUGAAGCUACAGAAAACGCGAGACGAGAUGGUAAUUCCGGACGAGGCCACCGUCAAGGAUUAUUACGGUUUACGUCAGCAAAUUACGCAGUACACCAAGGAUAUGCUAGCUGUCAUCCAGCAUCCCAAUUAUUGUAUCGAGUAUCUUCAACCAGGAAGACUUGUGCAAAUCGCUAACCCAAAGACGGGCAAGGAUUUUGGCUGGGGUGUCGUCGUUAACGUCACGAAGCGCAAGGACCCGAAAUUUGGCGAGAAGGAAUAUCCUCCCCAAGAGUCUUAUUUCAUAGAUGUCUUCCUUCGCCUCGACCCAGCUUGCGAUCCUUUUGGACCUGCCAACCCCUCAACUGAGAUGCCAGAAGGUGCUCGAGCUAGUGAUCCCAACCAAGACAGCAUCUUUGAAGUCGUACCCUGCAUGCUCACAUGUAUUAAAGCUCUAAGCCAGAUCCGAGUGUUCAUGCCCAAGGAUGUGACUAGCCGGGAGGAUAUUGAAGCGGUUCGUAAGCAGACGCUCAAGGCGCUUAAGGAAGUCGAGCGACGAUUCCCUGAUGGAUUACCUAUUUUGGACCCUAUUGAGAACAUGAACAUCACAGACGACUCAUUUAAGAAGCUUCUUCGCAAGAUCGAAGUUUUAGAGUCGCGAUUACUCGCUAACCCACUUCACGGUUCACCCAUGUUGCCUAGUCUUUGGGAACAGUAUUCGGCAAAGAUUGCCCGCAACGAGGAGAUCAAGGCUCUCAAGAAGAAGAUCGCCAAGGCGCAUUCCAUUGCGCAGCUAGACGAACUCAAGUCGAGGAAGCGAGUCCUCCGUCGUCUUGGCUUUAUCAAUGAAUCCGAAAUUGUUCAGAUGAAGGCUCGUGUAGCUUGUGAGAUUUCCUCAACAGAUGGUCACGAGCUGCUAUUGUCCGAACUACUCUUCAAUCGAUUCUUUAACGAGCUCUCCCCAGAGCUAUGCGCCGCCAUUCUUAGCGUAUUCAUUUUCGAGGAGAAGGUUGAAGCACAAGCUCUGCCCGACGAGUUAAAGAAGCCAUAUUCGCAGGUACAGGCCCAGGCCCGUAUCAUUGCCAAAGUCAGUCAAGAGAGCAAACUAGAAGUAAAUGAGGAGGAGUACGCCCAAAGCUUAAAAUGGCAACUUAUGGAGACUGUCUAUGCUUGGGCGAACGGAAAGUCAUUUGCUGAAGUCUGCAAAAUGACCAACGCUUACGAGGGUUCUCUGAUUCGUCUAUUCCGCCGACUCGAGGAGCUUCUUCGCCAGAUGGCACAAGCAGGAAAGGUUAUGGGUAGCGAAGAGCUAACGACAAAGUUCGAGGAGAGCUUAGCAAAGAUUCGUCGUGAUAUCGUAGCCGCUCAAUCUCUCUACUUGUAAUAUGGUUCCACCAACAGGCUUUUUUCGAUGAUUUUCUUCGACGCAUAAUCAUGCAAAGGUAAGUGGAUGGACGAGGAUUUGAUACUCAGCUACUUGGAACCCUACGAUUAUGAUUCAUGGAGUUUAAGGGAGGUAUACCACUUGUUUCGAGAUCAAUGACGGAGACCAGCCCUAACAGGGUUUCAUUACGCUUCAAAAGAAGCGUGACCAUCUCUUGAGACCUUGGAUUCUUUAG